CUCCGAAACUAGCGAUAAGACCUGGCUGAGGUGGAUUAAUCGCUGGAGGGGAAAGAGCUGGGAAGGAAGAUCGGUAUCGCUUUACGAGAAAUUAAAAAUGCAAAGCUUUAAGGUGUUUACGAUAUUUUCAGCAGCGCUGUUGGCGUUUUCAGUCGACGCAAGGGUUUACUUUAAAGAGCAAUUCCUCGAAGCAGAUGCGUGGACGAGUCGCUGGGUGAACUCCGAACACAAAUCUGACUACGGACAGUUUAAACUUACUGCUGGAGACUUCUACGGUGAUGCAGAGAAAGACAAAGGUUUGCAAACCAGCCAGGAUGCCCGCUUCUACGCUACGUCUGCACGGUUCGAGCCGUUCAGCAACGAGGGCAAAAGCCUGGUGGUCCAGUUCACUGUGAAACACGAGCAGAAGAUCGAUUGUGGGGGCGGCUACGUGAAAGUCUUCCCCACUGACCUCAAUCAGGCUGAUCUGCAUGGAGACUCGCAGUACUACAUCAUGUUCGGUCCAGAUAUCUGUGGUUACAGCACAAAAAAGGUCCAUGUCAUCUUUAACUAUAAAGGCAAGAACCACCUCAUCAAGAAAGACAUCAAGUGUAAAGACGACGAGCUGACACACCUCUACACGCUGAUUCUGAACCCAGACCAGACCUAUGAGGUAAAGAUCGACAACGAGAAGGUGGAGUCUGGCUCCCUGGAAGAGGACUGGGACUUUCUGCCUCCUAAGAAGAUCAAGGACCCUGAAGCCAAGAAGCCUGAGGAUUGGGAUGAUCGUGCCAAGAUCGAUGACGAGACGGACACCAAGCCCGAGGACUGGGACAAACCUGAGAAUAUUCCAGAUCCUGAUGCCAAGAAGCCUGAAGACUGGGAUGAGGAUAUGGAUGGUGAAUGGGAGCCUCCCAUGAUCCCCAACCCAGAAUACAAGGGAGAGUGGAAACCGAAGCAGAUUGAUAACCCCAACUACAAAGGAAUCUGGGUGCACCCUGAGAUUGACAACCCCGAGUACAGCCCUGACUCUGAGAUCUACAAGUUUGACAACAUCGGCAUUAUUGGGCUGGAUCUGUGGCAGGUCAAGUCUGGGACCAUUUUCGACAACUUCCUGAUUGCAGAUGAUGCAAAAGAAGCAGAGGAGUUUGGAAAAAAUACAUGGGGCGUUACUAAGGGUCCAGAGAAGAAAAUGAAAGAUGAGCAAGAUGAAAAGAAACGCAAAGAGGAAGACGAAAAGAAUAAGGAGCAGGACACCACGGCGGAUGAUGACGACGACAACGACGACGAUGACGACGACUACAACAACGACGACGACGACAACAACGAUGAGGAGGAGGGAAAGGAGGAGACAACGGAGGACCCCAAAGUAGAGGGAGAGGAGGAUGAUGCUCAGCCAAAAGAUGAAUUAUAAACCCGGAAGUGCUUCCUCAGCGCAUGCGUUCUGGCACCAGGGAUACAGCUUCAGGGCAUCAGGUCAAAACGACGGCAAUGGAAUGCACCUUUUUUUUGUUUUUUUUUUGCAUUUUAUGUUGAACAGAAAGCAAAUUUCAGAUUUAGAAUUCAAUGUUGUGUUUUUGGGUGUGUUUUAUUUCUUUGGGGGAAGAUGAAGUUAGGAUGCAGGUGUGGGAUUUAGGGUUUGAAAUCUUUCAUAAAUCUUUUCCUUUUUGCCUCAUGGAAAAAAAAUAGUUCAGACAACUUUGCCCAACAGUUCAGUUUCAUUCUGUGGAUUUUUUUUUUUUUUUUUAUACAGAAAACCUGAAGUCUUGAAGUUAACACAGAUGUAAAUAAGUUGAAGUUACAUGUUCACAACAGGGGAGAAGAUUUCUACCUUGUAAGAAUGUGGUGACUUGCGAAAGUGAAUGAUUGCAGAUAAUUAUAUUAGACAUAAAAUCCAGAGCAACUCUUUCUGCUCUAGUCAUUCCGUGAUUUCUUUUUUCUCUCUCUCUCUCUGGCACUGAUUUUUUGUUUUGUUUUUUUCUGUCUCUAAACAAGACAUUGAAUGUGAUCCACUCUUUCCAGCUCUAUUUAUUUAACAGAAAGGUCUGAGUAAUUUGACCCACAACACCAUUUUUUUUUUUUUUUUUUACACACUGUGAAGAUGGUGACCAACAUGCCUUGUUCAAACUCUUUAAUAAGCAUCUUAGCACUAAGGGCAUCAUAACCUAAAGCAGAGAUUUUCCAACGUCAAUUACAUAAGACCUUAAUGUCAUGAUACUUCUGGUCACUUUGCUCAGUCAUCAGUUGUGUCUGUGAUGCCAAUACUUUUAAUAAAAGAAUUUAUUAAUGAA